AUGUUAUUCGCUGAGAUAUUGUCUUCUCACAUCAACGUUCCCAGCGGCAAACUCUUCUGCGGCCUCGACAGACCCCUCACCGUAGAAGAGUUCUACCAUUUGAGUGUCCUCGGCUGGCUAGUUGAAAUGCUGCAGGUCUAUGUGCUCUUUCUGGAUGAUAUCAUGGAUGGAUCGACUACUUGUCGUGGGCAGCCUUGCUGGUAUCUCCGUCCCGAGGUAGGGAUGAAUGCCAUCAACGAGGCUUGUCUGCUCAAAUCGGCCAUCUUCAUCUUGUUCAAGAAGCAUUUCGGAACUUAUCCCUCGUAUCUGUCUAUGCUGGAGAGUUUUCAGGAAAUUGCCUUUCUGUCAGAGACGGGGCAAGAGUGUCUCGCCAGUGAGACAAACGUCCAGCAGACAAAGGAUAUUAUCGUCCCUCUGGGUCAGUUCUACCAAGUCCAGAAUGACUUUCUUGGCGUCUUUGGCGCUACUGCCCGCACGGGCAAGAUAGGCACUGACAUCCAGAAGAACAAGUGCUCAUGGCUGGUUAUAAAGGCGUUAUGUAUCUGUGAUGAUCGCCAGAGACAGAUAACUUGCAAUAAAUACGGCCAGGUGGAGGGUGAGGAUGCUGUCGAGGUGGAGGAGUUGUUUCGGUCUUUGAAGGAGAAGACUGAGAACCUGGAUGAAAGCGAGCGGUGA